UUGACAUGCACUUGACAGUUUAAAACUGAACCAAAGUUAGGUUAUAUACUAUUGUUGUAGGUUGUAGUUUGUAAAAAACAAUUAUUACAAGCUACAAAAAGGUGUAUUAAUACAUCUAAAGAACAAAACCUAGCUUUCAAUAAUGGCAUCAUUGAAAAAAGCUUUGUUACCAACUCAGACCACCUUCCUGAUCUCGAAACGAUUUCGUGGAAAGAUUAACAUCCAAAAACCGAGGAAACCACACUUCGAACGGCAGCUUUUGAUCGAUUUAUCUAAGCCUUUUUAUGGCCCACCCAAACACACUAUACCUGAUAUUACUUUUUGUGACAGAGGAGAGAAACGAUUUGCCAAAGAGAUCGAUAACCCGUUUGAAAGAAUAUUAGCUAAUGAAUGCCUGAAUUGGUUCAAUACUUCAAAGAUGGUUAUAUUUCUACAUGUUAACUCCAUAAGUAUGGAAGAUAAAUUCCCAGUUUUUGCGGCAUUAACCAAAAACAACAUGCAUUUGAGAUGUUAUGGCAAAAAGAUCGUCAGUAUGGCUACCACUGGGACUAGAUAUGAAGCAGUAAAUCAUCUGUUUACCUCUCAUCAAAAUAUACUGUUUGGGCAGCCAGAAAAUAUUGCAAAAAUGUUCAAAAUAAUGAAAAAGGCACCUCAAUUAGUUAUCAUGGCUGGAAUCGUACAAGAUAGAUUAUUGUCAAAGAAUGAGUUGGUGGAGUACAGCCAAAUGCAAAAUAUUGACACUGCCCGCAGUCAGUUGUGUGCAGUACUUGACAGUGCAGGGUCUCACCUUGUGCGACAGCUGCAGCAGGGUCAACAGACUCUCGUGGCUCAUUUGGACAAACAUGUGGAGCUUCAGAACACUCCCGCUAAUGAACCACAAGACAGCGCCCAGAAAGAACCAGAAAGUUCAACAUAAUUUUAUUACUAUGUAGAGUUAUUUAUUAGUAUAAGAGUUAGAAGAUUU